AUGCACGCGUUUAUGACAACAACAACAAUAACAACAACACCUAUUUUACGCCGGCGAGAACACCACGCGUGUUGCUCUUCGUCAUCCUCGCGAAGAGUUCAUUUCGGCGCUCUCGCGUCGUCGUCGUCGUCUUUAAGUAACAACAACAACAAUUACAAUUUGGUUAACGGGGAAAUCAAAACACAACGAAGCGAAUGUUUCUCGUGCAAAGCGCGGAUAUCCUCGUCCUCGAACAUUACUUUGCGAUUACUCCCUUCUUCGUCGCGUAGUAAAAGUGCGAGAAGAGACGUUUCAGUCGCCGCCAGAUGGCGGUUUUGGCGGAAAACAACCAAAGAAGAAGAAGAUUCCCCGUGGUGGCUGAUGGAUGAAAAAGCGAUGAAACGGUUCACGGACGAAGGGAAAGAGGACGUGUUUCGCUUACGCACGACAAACUUACCCGGGAUGUCGGAGGAUAAGAUGACGCCAGAAGGCGCGGCGGCUGGAGCGUUAUUGUUAGGUUUAGCCGUGUGGGCGUUUGUGAUCAUAUUGAAGUUGUUGGCGUUAGUUUGGGGGAUCUUAUACGCCGGGGUGAAGUAUUCGGCGAUUGCGGCGGUGCUCGUGUUGCUCGGGAUCGCGGCGCUGUGA